UCUUCCCCUGUCCACUGUUAAUUGGGCAUAGAUUUUCUCGUCAUAUUCUUUCUAUCCUUUCAGAGUCCAGUUGAACAGCUAUUGUUGGUUAGCCGGGGAAGAUAUUGAACCCGGGAAAAAACACGUGGUUUAUUAGAGCGGGCGGGAUUUGCUCUGACAUUAACUGGAAUCCAGGCCUGGCCCAUGAUGGCAUCAUCAGAGAGGGGUGAUGGCGAGGGAAAAUACUGCAGAAACUGGGAGAAGGAGAUGGAGUUGAAAAUCGGGCUUCAGUCUGAGGAUGCAUUGCACUCAUCAGUUGGUUCAGCAAAGGCGAAGGAGGAAGAAACGGAUGAGGUGAUGGUGAGGAACGGACCCCGGAAUUCAGCAGAGGCUUUUCAGUUCAGCGCCAAGCCCACCUUGGAAGACAUCCGAAGCCUCCAAUCCACGUUCACAACCGAGCGGGGUUGGGGAAGGUACCACCAGCCCCGGAAUCUGCUUCUUGCCCUCGUUGGGGAGGUCGGGGAGCUGGCGGAGCUGUUUCAGUGGCGGGAAGAAGCCCCCGAAGGCCUCCCAGGCUGGACAGUGCCAGAGCGUGAAGCCCUCUCCGAUGAGCUCAGUGAUGUCCUCAUCUACCUGGUGGCCCUGGCGGACAAAUGCCACGUGGACCUUCCUUUGGCUGCCCUCCAUAAAAUAGAGAAGAACCGCCUCAAAUACCCAGCCGAGCGAGUCUAUGGGUCAUCCAAGAAAUACACGGAGUAUGAGAAGUAAUGGUGGACAUUGCCUCUUCCAGAGUAGGGAGGGGAGAAACUGAACUGUGGGUUUUAGAGGCUCCCCUUUGCCCAUCACAAGCUGUGAGGUUCCGAGUGAUGUUCGGGCUCAUCCGGGAUAGCAAUUCAAAGCAGGCCCUUUCAUCACUGUAGUCAUUGCAGGGGAGGAGUCUAGAAAGUUCUCACUCAAAGACAGUGAUGUUGGUAGUGAGGGAGCAGUGCUGCUCUUACUUCCUCACCUUUUAUUUUAUUUCUGUAAAAGCUUGGAUGGUGUACGCUGCAGUUCACCAGUAGGGAAGGGAGCAAUCUCUCUCUAGAGGAGUCUGGCAGGGGAGUUGAAACUAACUAGUCUGCGGGAAAGACCUUUCUCUCUCUCCCCAUAUCAUGACUUCACCUCAAAAUAUGAAACUGACAAGGGCCUUCUGACUAAGGCCAGACUAUAUGUCUCCAUCUCUUAGUUUUGAAAAAAGCUACAGGAGGCCUUCCUUUCAGCAGAAAGGGCUCUUCCACAUUUGGCUCUUUUUCAUUCAAACUCAGCCUCCUCAAGCUGUUUUUUUCUGUUAGGGCAUAUUUUCCCCCAUGUUUGUUAGAGAUGUGAAGGCCCAGGAAAAUUAGGGGGGGGGAUUGUUCUUUCUCUUUUCUUUUCAAUUUUUUCAGAGGAAAAACUGAGAACACUUCAGGAAAAAACAGGUUUUUUCUUCUUCAAAAUUUUCCAUUUCCCCCCCGGCUUUCACAUCUCUAAAUUUGAAAACAGCUCGAGGGGCUGUUUUAAGUAAGAAAAUAGCUGGAAGCGGAAAGUUAAGUAGUCCCCAGCGCCAUUUCUUUGCUCAAACUGGCAGCCUCCUGUGGUUGUUUUUCAAUUUGAUGCACCUCUCCUGUGUAAUGACACACAGGGCCCUUCAGCACCUGAGAGAGUCUCCUCUUUCAGGCUGUGUUGUAUACCCAACCAACAAUCAUACUGGUUCAUACUUAACACUGAGCGCUCAGUUUCCGCUUCUCUAUUCUGAGGGAUUUUUUGCUUGAGAAAAAUGACCUGUUUUAUUACCUCCUUGAGACCUCCUGUGCUACUCAGUUUUUAAGCUAUCCCCAUGGUCUCAUGACAAUGUUUUCAAUGAUACUGCAAUAUUCUGGGGUUACUGCAGAAAAUAUGUCCUGAGAAAUCAUCUUGAAUAAAUGAACUGGGUGGAGGUGAAAAUAUGAAUUUAUAGAGGAGCAUCUGUUCGGUGAUGGCUAGACAGACAGACAUCUUUGGAGAUAAUUAUUUUGUGUCUAAUAGCUUGUGGGAGAGUGGAUGCAUUAAAAUGAUUCAAGAACUGUU